AUACUGUCAACCAAGUCAACCAACCAACUGUGGCAUAACAGUAAGGCGGCCUAUCAUCUAUCAAAUUCGUAUAUUAGGCCUAAUUUUCGUUAUGAUGAUUAAGUUGAUGUAAUUGAGCAAGUUAUAUGUAAAAGUACAUUAUGUUCAAGAGAAAACUUUUAGCGCUUAAGUAUCACUCUCCAGAUGCUUUUGUAAUCAGCGAUGAAAAACAAGUUCGAAAUCUUGUCCUUUGGCUAGAAGACCAAAAGAUUCGCCAGUAUAAAGUUGAAGAAAGAGCAGAAUUACGGGAUACUGAGUCACCCAACUGGCCAGCCACUUUUAAGCAGUACUGUCUUGAUGUUGCUUGUCCUGUACAAGGGAAACUAUCUGAACAACUUGAAUGGUUGUUAGGAUUUGCAGUGAGGCUUGAAUUUGCUGACAAUCUUGAGAAAUAUAAAAAACGUACCUCCGAGGAAGUGGUCAAGAAUAACAUUAAAGCCCCAAAGGUGAUUUCUUCAAACCCUCUUGACAAUUUGGAUUUUGAAAGUAUUGAGUUCAAGAAUGGAGUGAAUGGGUUAGCUGCAGUUUUACAAGUGACACCUCACCCAGACCAUCUGGUAACAUUGAGAGCCAUCAGCCGACUUGUCUCCAAGAGGCUCAACUCAGAUGCUCUGGACAAUCCGGACACUGUUGUACCCAAGGGAAAGCCAUAUCCUAUCCUGGAAGCAGAUCUAGGGUUUGAUACCGGUGAUUAUGUGAUGAACCAGGCUGCCAAGGUACUGCGGCUACUCUACAUCCAUGAUCUACGUUCACUACAGACUGAGAUCAAUGAAUGCAUUGUUGCUGUACAGAAUCUCACUGCUAACCCCAAGACAGACACCAAACUUGGAAAAGUUGGUUUCUAGAACAGUUCAGUACAGAUUUUUUUUCUUCAUAUUUAUUUGUAAAUAAAUAAUAAUUCAAUCAAAAUUA